UUUAUCAUCAUUUUAUCAUAUCAAAUUAUAUACUUCACAUCGUGGUUUGAACUUUUGUAUCGUAGAAGAAAGAUUAAAUGUUUUAUAUGUUAUGUUCGAAUGAAUAACCAAAUAGUCACAUAAUGGUACGACAUAAUAAUCAAUUGCCUAAUAAUUUACCACAACUUCAAAAUCUUAUAAAAAGAGAUCCUGUAUCAUACAAAGAUGAAUUUCUACAACAGCAACGCCAUUAUAAAUCAUUGUUGGCCGUUUUCACAUUACGUCCGACAGAUUUUAAUAAAAGUCUUGAUGAAUUGAUAAUGUUUAUGGCACAGAUAGCACAUUGUUAUCCUAGUGAACUGUCAACCUUUGCUCAAGAGCUUAUAGAUAUGUUACAGACACACGGACCGGUUCUAGAUAAAGAUAUGCGAAUGACAUUUUGUCGUGCUUUGAUACUUUUACGAAACAAACGUUUAUUGACUCCAACAGAUUUGCUUUCUCUCUUCUUUGGUUUACUCAGGUCACAGGAUAAGGAACUGAGAAAAUUUUUAGAAUCCCAUAUUGUAUCUGAUAUUAAAAAUUUAAAUUCUAAACAUAAAGAUGCUAAGUUAAAUAGAAAUCUUCAAAAUUUCAUGUAUACCAUGCUAAAGGAUAAUAAUGCUAAGGCAGCCAAAAUGUCAUUAGUAAAUAUGGGUAUAAUGGUUGAUUUAUAUAAGAAAAAUAUUUGGAGAGAUACUAAAACUGUCAAUGUCAUAUCAACUGGUUGUUUUUCUAAAAUAACAAAAGUUAUGGUUGCUGCUUUAAAAUUUUUUGUAACAGUGGAUGCAAAUGAUUCUUCUGAUGAAAGUGAUUCAUCGAGCUCAGAUGAUGAUACACCAAAUACUAGAGAAGUAAUAAUGGCUAAUAAAGUGAGCAAAACUACAAGAAAAAGAACAAAAAAUUUGAAAAAAGUUAAAAGAUUAGUAGAGAAAAACAAAAAAAAAAAGAAGCAAUCACAAUCCUCAAACUUUGCUGCUUUAACUUUAAUACAUGAUCCUCAAGGAUUUGCUGAAAAAUUAUUUCAUCAGUUAGAAAAAAGACAUGAACGGUUUGAAGUGAAAAUGUUGACUUUAGAUGUAGUGUCACGUUUAAUUGGUUUACACCAAUUAAUAAUUUUCAAUUUUUACCCUUAUAUUCAAAGAUUUUUGCAGCCCCAUCAAAAAGAGGUCGUUAGAAUGAUGCAAUUUGUAGCUCAAGCAUCACACGAAGUUGUUCCCCCAGAUGUAUUGGAGCCCGUAUUACGUACAUUAGUAAAUAAUUUUGUCUCCGAAAGAAAUUCAUCUGAUGUUAUGGCAAUUGGAUUAAAUGCAAUCCGUGAAAUGUGUUCAAGAGCACCAUUAGUUAUGACAGAAGAUUUACUAAGAGAUCUAGCUCAAUACAAGAACUACCGUGAACGAAGUGUCAUGAUGGCUGCCAAGUCAUUAAUACAUGUUUAUAGAUCUACUAUGCCUCAUUUAUUACACAAAAAAGAUCGAGGACGACCUACUGAAGCCACCUUAGAAAUAGUUGCAAGAAAAUAUGGUGAGGUGGAUGCUAAAGAAUUUGUUUCUGGUGCUGAAAUACUUCUAGAAACUGAAAAUACUGAGUCUUGUAAUAAUUCUGAUGAAAACUCAGAUGAAGAAUGGGUGAAUGUUAGUCAUUCUGAAGACGAAAAUGAUAGUAAUGAUGUUGACAAUGAAGAUGUAGUUGGAGAGAAUGAUGAGGAUGAUGAAGAAAGUGAUAGUGAUGAUAGUGCUUCUGACUAUAAAUAUAUAAAUCAAGGUCAAAGCAUUUGUAUACAGGAAUCAUCAACAAAUCCUAAAAUAAAACCAAAAAUUGUAACUAAAAAAGAACAAUUAGCUGAAAAGAGAGAAAAAGCAACCCAUGUCAGUUCAAUGAGAAUUUUAACUGAUGAAGAUUUUAAACGAAUAGAAAUUGCACAAUUAAGCAAACAGAUGACAACUGCCAAAAAUCGAAAGAGACCAGCUGAACGUGAUGAAAGUUCACGAGGAGAAUUAGUUCGGCUUAAAGAUAUUGAAAAUAUAUACAAAAAAAGAAAACAUGAUAAACAAACUAGAAUUGACUCUAUUAAGAAAGGACAAGAGGGUAGAGAAAAAUUUGGAUACAAAGAUGGGCGUUUAAAUCCCUUUUCUAGUAAGACCAAUAGAGAAAAAAAGAAGACCAAAAAUUUCAUGAUGAUUAAACAUAAGGCAAAAGGAAAAGCGAAGAAGUCUUUUAAAGAUAAACAAAUUGCAUUACGAAACCAUUUGACUAAAUUGAAGAAGAUGAAAUAACAUCAAAUAUUUUUUGUAUAUUUUUAUAUUUUAUGAA